AUGGCGGCAGUGGCGACACUACUGCGGAGGGCGAGGGACUACGUGCAGACCAAGGAGUUCCGGGAAUACCUGACUAGCACGCACUUCUGGGGUCCGGUGGCCAACUGGGGCCUUCCGCUGGCCGCCUUCAAGGACAUGAAGGCGUCCCCGGAGAUAAUCAGCGGCCGCAUGACGACAGCGCUCUUUUUCUACUCGCUGGCCUUCAUGCGCUUCGCCUACCGCGUACAGCCUCGAAACUUGCUGCUGAUGGCGUGCCACGGCGCCAACGUGACGGCGCAGAGUAUUCAGGGGACCCGCUACCUACUCUACCACUAUGGUGGCAGCAUCGGAAUGACCACCCCUGCCGACUCUCGCGACCCUUCAGCGACCAGCUCCAGCAAGGCGUCCGCCGCCCCUGCUUCUCGGCCCCCAAAAUGACUCUUAAGGACUGAGUGAUCGAAUCUUUGCAUCUUGCAAGCGCUAAGUUUCUCCUACAGAAAAGACCGAUUGAAGCUUGGGUUCUGACUCUACAACAGUGCGAAUCUGACUUAAACCUGCAAUUUGGUUAAUAAAAAGAAAAGGAAAAUAGCACCGACUGAAGCUGUUGAGUCCUGCUUAUUUUGUGAACUAGAAAUGUUUUUAGAGGGCGAGGGUAGAUUAGCUGGUCUUCCUUUUCAUGGGACCUGCAACUUUGGGGUUAGUUUAUAUGGGGAAGGAAGACUUUUUGUUUUUCUGCUUUACUGGGAAAGACACUUCAAAUUAUCCACUAACUCAUAGGUUUUUGUUUUUUAAAGGUCUCUUGAGAACAUGUUUUUGUUACUUGUUUUGGUGUCCAGGCGAAAUACGGUUGGUUAGUAUCACACAUAACUUAAAACUUGGUACAGCUACAAAUCUCUGCACGCACACACACAAAGUCCAGGGACGAUUUCUACUGAGGGAAAUACUUUGAAGUGUGUAAAUAAAUUCAGUGAAGACCAGGUUAGACUUUAAGGAGUACUUAUUAAGGGAACUUAGAAUCUCUUUGUGACUGAGAACAAUUACGGAAUCUUCCUUGGAAACAGGAUACACAACUCCAAGGAUGGUUGCUGUCAGCCCUAGAUUCUAGGUAAAUAGGAAAAAAAAUGAUGAAAAUCAGAAUUCUUUCCUCCUUUUACUUAUCCCUAAAAAUGGUUAACCUUUCACUGUGUUGGACACUAGCUAGGGUUGGGGGUGAGAGCCCAUGAUUCACGGCAUUAGCCCGGAGUAUUCCCCUAGAAUUCCCGUCAGUGCUACUACUGACUUAAACCUGAGAGUUACGAAAGGAGGGAAGAGAAGGAUGGAGCUGUGGGUGUGAGACCCUUAGGACUACCCUUUAGGAUUUGAUCCAAAAUCUUCCCCUGCCUCUGCCUCUGGGGAACGCAGGCCCAGGGCAGUACAUCAAGGAACCUCAAUGUAUGUGUUCGCUGUUAGUUGCUGUCGAGUUGGCCCCCUACUCAUGUUGACCCCAUGCACAAAGACAAAACACUGCAUAGUCAUGUGCCAUCCCCAUGAUCAGUUGCCGAUCGGACCAUUGUGAUCAAUAGGGUUUUGACUGGCUGAUUUUCUGAAGUAGA